AUGCUCAGUCCCAAAGGCAUAAAGGCCCCCGAGUCGUCGGAGGGCAUCUCUGGGAGGGACGGCACUGGCGCGCUGAGGAAGCCCACGACAGGGGGCGGGGAGCGAUCCCUUCAGAUCCCAUCCCCGGCCUGGGUGAGUGAACCCCCGGCCUCCCGGACGGGCCUCUGGCGCCUUCCUGGAACCUCAACCCGAGAGGUCGGGCUUCCUGGGGCGUGGACACCAGAGCGCAGCCUGCCCGAGGUCCAGUUACACAUGCCAGUGGCCGUGGGUCCCUAUGAACAGUCCCAGCCAAGCUGCUUCGACCGCGUGAAGAUGGGCUUCGUGAUGGGUUGCGCCAUGGGCAUGGCGGCGGGGCGCUCUUCGGCACCUUUUCCCGUCUCAGGAUCGGAAUGCGGAGUUGGGAGCUGA